UCGAAAUAUAUUGCAUGUGAUAAAACAGUUUGCAAGUAUCAAGGAUGAAGAAUGAUUAGAGAACUGCAACGUUUCUCUUCCUUGGUUCAUCCCGAGUACUAUGAUGCUUCUCUCUAUUUAUGAACCUAUUUAUGGGAAAUUUGUUCGUUCUACUGAUAGUACCGUAUAAUAAAAUAGAUGUUUUUUUUCUAUAAAAUUUUUUAAUGGGUAACUUUAAGCUAAACCCAUAAAUAAAUAUUACGGACGAACUUAGUAGGCAUUCAAAUAAGAAGGGGUGCUUAUGAAUGGCCAAUCAUAAGCAACAAAUGAAUUAUGGGACCUUGGUCCUUCAAUAAUAUAUCAGUCAUCAUAUAUUUCAAACUUCAAUAUGUAAGGUCCUUGCAUGUGGUGUGCUCAAUCCUAACAUUCAGAUUAGUAUUCCCCACAGAAAAGCAAAAUCAUGGAAACAACAAAAGUGUUAGUUGAAGAAGAUAUUGUGAUUGUUGGUGCUGGAAUUGCUGGCCUCACUACUGCAUUGGGACUUCACAAGUUGGGUAUCCCAAGUUUGGUGUUAGAAAGUUCAGAUAAAUUGAGAGCCACUGGUUUUGCUCUAUCAAUAUGGAAGAAUGGAUGGAAGGCCUUGGAUGCUGUUGAUGCUGCAAACACCCUCCGCUCCAAACAUCCUCAACUUCAAGGGAGUGGGACUACUUCAUUGAUCACAGGACAGCAGACAUCAACUAUUUCUUUCAAGGAGCUAGGAAAGAAUGAAAUUCGUUGUGUUAGAAGGCACAUAAUGUUGGAAGCACUUGCUAGUGAGCUUUCUAGUGACACAAUCAGGUAUUUGUCAAAGGUUGUUGCUAUUGAGGAAUCUGGAUUCUUUAAGUUGCUCCAUCUUUCUGAUGGAACAACCAUCAAAACUAAGGUUUUGAUUGGUUGUGAUGGAGUGAACUCUGUGGUUGCAAAGUGGUUAGGCUUCAAGGAGGCCGCUUUCACUAGAAGAUGUGAAAUCAGAGGAUGUGCAGAGUACAAGAACAAUCAUGGAUUCGAGCCUAAGUUCAUGCAGUUCUUCGGUGAUGGUUUUCGAGCUGGUGUUAUUCCUACCGAUGAAAAGGGUAUUUAUUGGUUUUUCACUUGGAAUCCAACCAGUGAAGAUAAAGAUCUAGAACAUAACCCAGCUAAAUUGAAGCAUUUUGCAUUGGACAAACUUGAGAAAAUGCCAAGUGAUGUAAGAUCAGUCAUAGAAAACACCGAGCUGGAUAACUUCUGUUUGUCGCGACUGAGAUAUAGACAUCCAUGGGAGCUCUUGUUCGGAAACAUCAGCAAAGGGAAUGUGUGUGUUGCCGGAGAUGCAUUCCAUCCCAUGAUGCCAGACAUUGGCCAAGGUGGUUGUUCUGCUUUGGAAGAUGGUGUUGUUCUAGCAAGGCGCCUAGGUGAGGUACUUUCCAAGAAACAAGGAACCCAUUUGAAAGAUGAUAAUGAAGAGAAAAAACAAUACAAGAGGAUUGAGGAAGCUAUGAAGAAAUAUGCAAAUGAGAGAAGAUGGAGAGGCAUUGAUCUCAUUAGCACAUCUUAUAUGGUUGGUUUUAUUCAGCAGGGUGGUUCUAAAUUGGUUGGCUUUAUGAGGGACAAAUUAUUGGCUACAUUCCUUGGUGGCUUGUUACUCAAGAAAUCUGAUUUUGAUUGUGGGAAAUUACACAACUACUAAUGAACCAAGAAAAAUCCUUCUAUAAAUCGUGAUCACUUUAUCCACUGAAGGUACUGACAGGUUCCAUGCUGAGUUCUAAAAACGUAUGUUAAAAAAAAAGUUAUUUUAUCCCAACUUAUGAAACCGUUCUCUUUUUUGUAAAAUGAUAUGUACAUUAUAGUUGUUAUGUUAUCUUUACUAUGACCCACAUAAAUUUAUAAAUUGAGUAUUUGAGUUGUUGUUUGCU